CAAAUUUGAAAUUUUUACGUGAAAAAAUAUUGCACAAUGAACGAAUUGAGUAAUUUUUCCACGUCAGUGCUGAACUUAUAAGGAACGAGUCAGUCCAAAACUUGAUUCAUUUGUUAAUUAAACUUUUGUCGAGUACAACAUAAUCUUAAGAAAUUAGAAUAGUCAAGAAUCUUUAUAAUGAAGUAUUUAUUAGCUACUACGCUAGGAAUUGUUCUGUUAAUAUCGACAGGACUUCUGGUUAGCGGGAAUGAAGAUGCAGGCACAGAAGAAAUUAAAAUUGAUGAUAAUUUAAAGACAUCAACUGGAACUGAUUCAGAUACCUUGAAACGCGAAGAAGAAUCAAUCAGCAUCGAUGGAUUGAAUGCUAAAGAGAUGAAGGAACUAAGGGAUAAGGCAGAAAAAUUCACCUUUCAAGCUGAAGUCAACCGUAUGAUGAAGUUGAUUAUCAAUUCAUUGUACAAGAAUAAGGAAAUCUUCUUGAGAGAAUUGAUCUCAAAUGCUAGUGAUGCUUUAGAUAAAAUUCGUCUUAUGGCGCUUACUGAUCGUGAUCAAUUAGACACAAAUACUGAUUUGUCAAUUCGUGUAAAGACAGACAAGGAAAAUCGCAUAUUACACAUUAUUGAUGCUGGUAUUGGAAUGACUCAUGAUGAUUUGAUCAACAAUCUCGGUACAAUUGCCAAGUCAGGCACAGCUGAUUUCCUUUCCAAGAUCCAAGAAACUGAAGGACAAGAUCAGGAAUCAAAUGACAUGAUUGGACAAUUUGGUGUUGGUUUCUAUUCAGCUUUCUUAGUUGCCGAUAAAGUUACAGUCACAACAAAGCAUAAUAAUGAUGUACAAUACAUUUGGGAAAGUGAUUCAGCAAACUUUAAUAUUGUUAAGGAUCCACGCGGUGAUACAUUAAAACGUGGAUCACAAAUUUCGCUUCAUUUAAAGGAAGAAGCACAAGAUUUCCUCGAAGAAGAUACAAUUAAGCAAUUGAUUAAGAAAUAUUCACAAUUUAUAAAUUUCCCAAUUUAUAUGUGGACAUCAAAGACAAUUGAAGAGGAAGUUCCAGUUGAGGACGAAGAACCAAAGAAGGAAGUAACUGAAGAUGAAACAGAAGACGAUGAGGCAAAGGUCGAGGAAGAAGCAGAAACUGAAAAAACACCAAAAACUAAAAAAAUAAGCAAAACAGUUUGGGAUUGGGAAUUGAUGAAUGACAGUAAGCCAAUUUGGACACGUAAGCCUGCAGAAGUCACACAAGAAGAAUAUGAUGCAUUCUAUAAGAGCUUAACAAAAGACACAGCCGAACCAUUACUUCAAACACAUUUCAUUGCUGAAGGUGAAGUUACAUUUAAGUCACUCCUUUUUGUUCCUAAAGUUCAACCAUCAGAAAGUUUCAACAAAUAUGGAUCCAAGUCUGAUAAUAUUAAAUUGUAUGUCCGUCGUGUCUUCAUUACUGAUGAAUUCAAUGAUAUGAUGCCAAAUUACUUAGGCUUUAUUCGUGGUGUUGUCGAUUCCGAUGAUUUGCCAUUGAAUGUAUCGCGUGAGACAUUACAACAACACAAACUUAUUAAAGUCAUUAAGAAGAAAUUAGUAAGAAAGGCACUUGAUAUGUUAAAGAAAUUAGAAGGUGAAGAAUACAACAAAUUCUGGAAAGAAUAUUCAACAAACAUUAAGCUUGGUGUUAUGGAAGAUUCAAGUAAUCGUGCACGUCUUGCUAAAUUAUUACGUUUCCAAUCAUCAAACACAAAGGAUGGAAAGAUGACAAGCUUAACAGAUUACGCAAGUCGCAUGAAGCCAAAACAAGACUGGAUCUAUUAUAUUGCUGCUUCAUCAAGAGCUGAAGCUGAUAAAUCACCAUUUAUUGAACGUUUAGUUGCUCGUGGAUAUGAAGUAUUAUUCUUAGUCGAAGCUGUUGAUGAAUAUUGUAUCUCAGCAUUGCCAGAAUUUGACGGUAAGAAAUUCCAAAAUGUCGCAAAGGAAGGAUUCACACUACCAGAAUCUGAGGAAGCUAAAAUUAAAUUUGACGAAUUACAAAGCAAAUUCGAACCUUUGGCUAAAUGGUUCUCAGAUGUUGGACUUAAAGAUAAAAUCACCAAAGCUAUUGUCUCAGAGAAAUUAACAAACACCCCAUGUGUACUCGUUGCUUCAAUGUUUGGCUGGACUGGUAAUAUGGAAAGAUUAGCUAUGUCUAAUGCACACAAAAAGGCUAAUGAUGCAUCACAGUCUUAUUAUCUUAAUCAAAAGAAAGCUCUCGAAUUUAAUCCACGUCAUCCUGUCAUUAGAGAAUUAUUGAGAAAAAUCGAUGCUGAUCCACAAGACACAAGAGCUAAGGAAAUUGCUGAGCUUUUAUUAGACACUGCCGUUUUGAGAUCAGGCUAUAUGUUACAAGAAACUAGCCAAUUUGCUGACAGCAUUGAUAGACUUAUGAGAACAUCAUUAAAUGUUGAACAUGAGGAAUUCGAUCCUGAAUUCGAGGAAUUCCCAGAAGCAACACAAACAACAGAGGAGACAGAAACAGAACAGACUGACGAAGAGGAAAUUGAUGGAGAUUUAGAUGAGCACGACGAACUUUAAAAGAAUUAAUUAAAAACUUUAGUUUAGGUUAUUGUAAAUUUCCUGUUUUCCUUUCCAUUUUUCUGCAAUGUUUAUUUUGUGGAUCGUACUAUAUCAUGAUUAAGUUAAUUCAAGCAUUUUUAUAAAAAUUAAUUAAUUUUUCAAUCAUAAAAAAGUAGUCAAAGAUGAAUAAAAAGUUCAUUCCUU